UCGAGCAUACGCCCAAGCUACAGCCCAUUGCGAGCGGUUUGGCGGCGUCGAUGUGGCAGCCCAAUACCACAAGUGACUCGAGUAAAAAAAAUCCAAACUUUCCCCCACUCCAGUCCCAAGUCCCACACGACAUGAGUGAGACGACCCGCCGCCGCCGGGGCCGCCCUCUCCCUCCGCAGCCCUCCUCGCUCAUCCGUGCCUCCGCCGUCUGCAGGCGGUGGCGGAGCAUCACCACCGAUCCUAGAUUCCUCGGCCGCUUCCGCGCGCACCACCGCAAGCCGCCGCUCCUCGGCGCCUUCGAGUACAUCCAGGGCGACCUCGUCUUCACCUCCUUGCUCGACCGUCCCGACCGCAUCCCUCCCGGGCGCUUCGACCUGGGACGCUACAGCGACCACCGCGACUACGGCGUGCUCGGCUUCCGCCACGGACGCGUCCUCGUCUUAGACCAUGUGCGCAAGGACCUCGUCGUGUGCGCCCCCGUCACCGGCGAGCAGCGCCGCGUGGCCGUUCCGCCCGAGUUCAAGACGGUCCACCUCAACGGGGCCGUGCUCUGCGCUGCCGGCGACCCUGGCCACGUGCACGGUGAAUGCCACUCCAGCCCCUUCAAGGUGGCCUUGGUAUCCUUGUGCAGACAUGACUAUAGGCCCCUCGCCAGUGUUUACUCCUCAGAUACCGGGGCAUGGAGCAAUCUCGUCUCGACGGCGGCUCCAUGUCAACUGUUUGAUGCUGGUAUGGAUGGCUCACUCGUUGGUAAAGCACUUUACUGGUUGCUUACAACUAUGGAGGCUGGCAUUGUUGAGUUUGAUUUGGAAGAGCAGAGUCUAGUUGUGAUCAAGGGGCCACCCGUUACAGAUGAUUUCCCCGGUGGUGGUACCCAUCGAAUCAUCCAGGCUGAGGAUGGCGCUGUUGGCUUCGCCAUGAUGUCUUACCCACACUUCCAAACGUGGCAAAGGAACGUCGAUGCUCAUGGUGUUGCCACAUGGGUGCCAUGGAAGACCGUUGAUUUGCGUAACAUUUUCGGGCCCCGUCCUCAGAUUGGGAGAACCAGAAGGAUGGCGCGAUUAACACGAGGCUGGGACUAUGUCAAGGGGACGGGAGGUAUAAUGUGCUAUGUUGAGGAUACUGAUGUAAUUUUUAUACAUACGGACGUCAGUGUCUACAUGAUUCAACUUAAUUCAAUGCAAUCCAAGAGUAUUCCUGGAAAGCGUUUUAGAAGUGCCUACCAUCCAUUCAUGAGUUUCUAUACACCAGGCACAGCCAUUGCUGGUGGAUAUAAUGAAGAUGGGGAUGGCUGACUGGUUUGAUGUGUGGAUGUGCUGAAAGGGUUCAACAUGUGAAGGAGCGGCUGCUGCAGUUCUCGCUGAGUUCAUCGCAUCACAUCAAUGUGUUCGACAAAAUUUAUAAAAUAUCUAAACAAACUUGCUGAAUGGUGCUAGUCUACCAAAGUUUCGAAUGUAACCGUGUUAAUAGAGGGGAUUUCAGCUUCCCCGGGUGAUAUGGUUGUGGUCAUGUCAAAUCUCUUUUUUUUUUGUUGACAAAAUGUAGCGAGUGCUACUUUUCAUUCAUUAAGAGAACUGGCAGAGCCAUACAGAGUGCAUGGGAGAUACUGGAACGGAGGGACUAUAAACAUAUGGGCAAACGACCAGAGCAACGAAAGUGAAAGAAACAAGAAGAAACAAGAAUGCAGAGAAUACAGUUCAGGGAGGCUCAUGGAUGAAGAAUGGGGCUAUAGCUCCGAUCUUGCCCUGAUGCCAACAUCUCAGUUCUUGCAGAAUCUUGUCUGCGAGCUGAGUCGCACCGAUGGCUUUGUUAAUUGUUAUCAAAUACACAGAGAGUUCCUCUCCUUCCAAAUCAUCCACCAGGCAUAGCCAUUGCUGGUGGAUCUAAUGGAGCUGAAAACGCUGCACAACACAUUGGAUGAUUAUCUAUUUUGAUGUGCUAAUGCUGAAAUGGGUCAACAUGACAGGUGAAGUAACGGGCUGGUGCAGUUCUAGCUGUUUCUGUCGCAUCGCAUCAAUAUGUUUGGCAGAAUUUAGAAGUUACCUACCCGAACUUACUGAAUGUGUGCUAAGUUUCUAAUGUACCAAGAUGCUUUUGAAAAACCUAAUUUUUGGUUGUAUCUCCCCGAGUAAUAUGGAAGUUGUAUUCCGUUGUAUCUGUUUAUGUUAGAUGCUUGUUCUUUGCAGCCCUUCUCGUCAGCCAGUUGAGAGUUUUUGAGUGUAUUUCUAACUCUUAACUAUCAUCAAACAAACUGAACAUAAUCCAACCAUUGUAACAGAUAGAAACUUAGGUGUUCGCAAACCCCACUGAAAAACAAGUAGACUAGUAGUAGUAAAUUCUGUUCGGGCGGUGGAGCAUUGUGUCUUUUGCUUGUCUUAUUUAUUUAUUUAUUUUGGCAAAACACCACCCUGAGCCACUCAACAAACUUAUUCUUGGUUUUUAACUCAGAAGCAAUGUAUAGCAAAAAGUAUGUAAAAGCCAACAGAGCAGAGAUGGUUUACACGCCGCGAGCUGGCAGCUUAGCGAUUAGCAAUAACUAGUCAUGGUAUCUGAUGCAUAGAUCUUAACAUUUGCUUCUAGAGACUAAAGUUCUGGCCAUUAGAUAAGGUCCACAAAAGGCUUGACAAUACAAUACAAAAACUACUGCUAAAAAAACAGAUAUAUUGUGAUCCGCAGAAGACAAGACACACUGCAUAUAUUUUACAAGGAACCCUGCUGCAGAUAGCUUGCGGCAGGAAACGUAAAAAGAAGAAAGCCUCGUGAUUAUUUCCAUCUGCCUUCAAAGUUGGCGGCUCCAGGCAAUAUAAGCGUAUGUUGUCCACGCUAGAAAUUCGACCUUGAAAUACCCAACAAGAAUCAGACCAUGUUAAUUUACCUCUUCUGACAGAGGGCUUUCCAUAUAUAAGAACCAUCAAGCUGAACCGGUUAACCCGGUUGCCUUCCGCUCCAACCAAAAA